CGUCGCUGCAUGAGGUGAUCCAACCCGGGCCGAGGAUGUAUUCCUACGUGGUGAUUACGUCCAUGAAACACCCAGGCACCAGCACCCCAACCACAACCCACGACGAGCGAGAGUUUUCAUCCAACAAACCGCCGGCCAAGAUGCAGAUCUUCGUGAAGACCCUCACGGGGAAGACGAUCACGCUGGAGGUCGAGAGCAGCGACACCAUCGACAAUGUCAAGGCCAAGAUUCAAGACAAGGAAGGCAUCCCGCCGGACCAGCAGCGGCUCAUCUUCGCCGGGAAGCAGCUGGAGGACGGCCGGACGCUAGCAGACUACAACAUCCAGAAGGAGUCGACGCUGCACCUGGUGCUCCGCCUCCGCGGCGGGAGCAGGGGCCAUUACAUCAUCAAGGAGCCCAACCUGCUGCAGCUCGCGCUCAAGUACAACGAGAAGAAGAUGGUCUGCCGCAAGUGCUACGCCCGCCUCCCAGCUCGCGCCACCAACUGCCGCAAGAAGAAGUGCGGCAGCACCGGAGAGAUUAGGGCAAAGAAGAGGUUCAUCAGCAAGACCAAUACGCUCAACUGAAGAAGUCGUCGAGGACAGAAAAUUAGAAUAGAUUCGCUCUAGCUAGUUAUGUUUUGGUGGCCUCAACUUUAUAUACCAG